ACCAUGCCAGGUGGCAGCCCCAUGGCAAAGAAGGUAGUAGUGUACCGGAAUGGGGACCCCUUCUCCCCAGGUCACCAACUGGUGGUGACUCAACGCCGAUUCCCCACCCUGGAGACUUUUCUCGGUGAGGUGACUUCAGUAGUGCAGGCCCCACUGGCGGUGCGUGCCCUCUACACACCAUGUCAUGGCCAUCCUGUCACUAACCUAGCAGACCUACAGAAUGGAGGACAGUAUGUGGCUGCUGGCUUCGAACGAUUCCACAAGCUCCACUACUUACCCCCUGGAAGAAAGGAGCCAGGUGAAAAGAACAACAGACAUCUAGGUCCUCCUGUCACUUGCCACCCCCAUGGCAGGCCCCUGGGAUGGCGAGUAUCUACAGGAUCCCCCUGCUGUAUCUAUGUGUUUAGAAAUGGGGACCUAGUAAGUCCUCCAUUCAGUCUGAAGCUGUCCCAGGCUGCCAACAAGGACUGGGAAUUGGUGUUGAAACUCCUGACAGUGAAGGCCAAGCUGCGCAGCGGGGCUGUGUGCAAACUCUGCACACUGGAGGGGACCCCACUAUCAGCAGGGGAGGCUCUGGUGAGUGGCCAUUACUACGUGGCCGUUGGAGCGGAUGAAUUCAAGGCCCUCCCCUAUCUGGAACUGCUGGUGCCCAGUCCCUCAAUGCCCAGGGGCUGCUGGCACCCCUCAGGCCUGAAGUCUCGGUCCCGUAAGCAGUGGUUCCCACAGGCACCAGGGGCACACAAGCCUGGAGUGGAACUAGAGAAGAUAACAAGAGUCAGCACCUGCAGUCCAAGCCCAGUGUCCCUUCUCCAGGCCUAUGACCCAGAGGCACAGGCAACCCAGCCCUCUCCAAAGGAACCAAGCCCACUUGAGCAAUCUGCUUUCUCCGCUAGCCCCCAGCAGGUUAUUCAGCCACAGAGCAAACUCCCUCCUCUCUCAUUUCCAUCAGGAAUCAAGGGAGUAUAUGGGGCUACCCAUCCAAGGAGGGAGACAGCAGGGGCUCAGGUAGUAGCAGAUGAUGAAGACACCAAGACAGAGGAACCCCUGGAUCAGAGGGUAGCACAGAUAGUGGAAGAGGUCCUGGAAAAUCAACCUGGGACUAAGGCAAGUCAUUCAGUCACAGUCCCUGCCUCACCAUCUUGAAUCAGCAGCUUCAGCCAGGAACUGGACACCACCAUUCUGUAUCCAACUUCUACCUUCAGCCUUUGGCCACCAGUUUCAGGGAGCCAGCACCUCCCCUGGGUUCAUAGGACACACAGCAGCCUCCUCAGUCCUUCCCUAUUCUUUAGGUGCCAAACCCACAGCCCAGCCAUGGAGGCUAUUUCUUUAUGGGUAUCCCUGGGGAAUUAGGAGCUUGGGAGAGCAGCUCACAAACUUGGAGUAAGUCUGUCACAAUAAACAGUACUCACCAA